AUGAAACCUUGGCAACCAAAUCAUUGUUGUGGUAAUGGUAAUAAUAAUAAUAGUAAUAAUAAUUUCACUCAAAAUUCUAUGGAUAUAUAUACACAUUGUUAUAUGAAUAUAUCAUCAUAUUCCAAAUUAAUUCAACUUGGUAACACAGAAAAGAGAACAAUGGAGGAAUUAGAUAUCAUUAGGGUGAUGGAGAAAGAAAUGAAAAUUUUAUUAGAAGAAUAG